GUUCAGCAGACACAGAGGGCGGGUCAGGACUCGGUCUCCUUCGUUCAGCGAGUCAGGGCGGGGGCGGGGGCGGCAGUGCGUCCCGCGACCGAACAGGUGACCGUGGGCGGGCGCGCUCCCUCUCCAGCGUACCCGACACGGGUGCGAACGCGCCCCUCACCAUCCCCGCGCUGUUGUCGCGGGCGGCGGGCGGGGUGAGCGGGGGCGGAGCGGGGAGCGAGACGGACGGGAGCUCGCCCGAGGAGUACCUGCUUGACGGCCCGCUCACCACGCUAGGCUUAGGCCGAGUCAUUACCACGCACUCCCUUCCUGCGCACCUUUGGUCCUUCAACGGUUUUAAGUGCCCGAUUUGCUCCAAACUUGUGUUGCCUGAUGACCUGGAGUGCCAUCUUGUUAUCUGCCUCACCAAGCCACGCAUCAGUUAUAAUGAGGAUGUGUUAACAGAGGACAAAGGAGAAUGUGUCAUAUGCCUGGAAGAUCUCUGCCAGGGAGAUACAAUUGCUCGGCUGCCCUGCCUCUGCAUUUAUCACAAAACUUGUAUCGAUGAGUGGUUCCAGGUGAAUCGAUCGUGUCCUGAGCACCCGUAUGAUUGAGGCUAAGCACAGUUUUAAUUAUGAUGAAAAAAAUGCCUAUGUGCCAUUACUAUUCAUUGUGCCAGUUGGGGAAGCUUCACACAGGUGGAUGCUGCCCCACAAUCAUGGGAAGGGAGGAACUUUACUCCUGUCUAUACUAACCUGUUACUUCUGAUAGACUUACAAAGAAAAGAGAAUUAAAAUGACAGACUCUUACUCACUCAUUUUGAUGGUGAUGAAAGUAACAAGGAUCUUAAAGACAUAUUGUAAUAUGAGGAAUAAUUUCUUGUAUUUACAUAUUCCAUGUUUUUGAUGUGGGAUGCAGUUACAGUAUGCUGAAUAUCAACUUCCUUUUUGAAGAUGAGGAUACUGCAUUCAAGAGAGAGAGUGCAGUAUUUAAAGACUUUAUCUCCUGAUCUGGAUGAUGGAGAUUUGUGAUUGGAACAUCAGAUAUAUCAGAUUUAAUAAAUUUACAAGGAAGAGAACAAAGAUGACUGUUUCUUCAAUUUUCCUGAAGAAGAUAAAGCUUUUCUAGAAUAUACUUCCAGAUGAAGUCUUGUGUACAUGUGGGAGACAAUAAUGGAAAAUUGUGCAACCCAUUUAAGAAAAUUUUGUUGUUGUCUAUCUCCGCAGUGGUUUAAGAGUGAUCCUUGUUUAAAGUGCUUCUGUAACGGCCCCAGAUUCUGUGGAGAUGAAGAAAGUACAGUCUGAGAAAGUGAAAGGCUCCUCAAGAUUAUUCCCUUCCAAUCGAAUUUAAUGUUAGUUUUUUCUUCAUUUUACAUGCUGUGGAGAUUCAGCUGAUUGAUGGAGGCUGAUCUCCAAGCAAAAAUGCCUUAAUGUAACUGAAUGAAGUGAAUAGUAACAUAAUUAUUAUAUCAUUUGUUUUGAUUUUAUAGAGAUGACAUCUCUUUAUUUUUCAUUGUGUAAAAUGUAUUUCAGGGUGUAGAGUUUGGCUGGCAAUUGUAUAGUACUUGUCACAAUGGUUGUAUAGACUGCUCAGGUAGUAGAACUAGUAUACUGCCAUAAACAGAAUUGAGCCUCGAUUAGUUGCGCUAAAGGCUUGGAAUUGCUCAUCGUACCUGCCAUGGGUAUGAUUGCAUUUUUGAUACUUUGGCUAUAUAAGGAUUUGGUAAGUUUUAUGCAUAUACAAGGACCAAAUUUACCUUCACAGCUACAAUGUUAUUUUUCAGCAAACCAUGCAGUCAUUGCUUAUAUGACUAACCACUAGCCAAACAAGAAGACAAUAUAGUUUUGUUUCUGUUGCACGACAUGUGGAAUUUGUCAUGCUAGCCUCUUUUGCUAAUCAACUUGGAACUUUGACCUUUUUUUUCCAACAUGAUUACAGGUUAUUAUUUCUAAGUCACCUUAUAUCCAGCAUUCAGACCACUAGGAAGACUCCCAAAUGCAUUAUUAUCUUGAUAAUUUUUUAUCCUUCAGCUUCAUGACACUCUCCACAUCCUUGAUCUCUCUAAGUGGAGGUUAGAACAACAGAACAUGUACACUGAAUACCUUAUGCUCGAACUGAAGAAUUUGUCAACAGACUACUUGUACUAGGCUACUGCUCACGAUGCUCCAUGCAUUGCAUUAUAGAUAUCUCCAGAAGAGUUCCUUUUUUGUGUAUAAAACAUUGCUGGUCAUGUUCAUUCUCAUCAUAAAUUAGGCAAGUUUCUUAUCCUUCCUCUUUGUUUAGAGAAAUGAUUACCUGAAAUGCUCACAAAUAGUGAACACCUCAACUCAAUUAUGUUAGUCUUGGUAGAUUUAAUUUUGAUAUUUUUUCUUGUAUAGGGACACAAUGAUGCACACAGUUAAAUACAUGCCUUUUCUAAGUAAUGGAAGUAUUUAUGUGUGUGAAGAGAAUGGAUCCUUCUCAUCUAGUAAAGUUCUGAGGUGAGUUAUAAUUUGAAGCAGUUUGGGCAGGACUGGACCUCAGCAUGGUUUCUUAUUUCUGGCUCUUGGAAGACACUUGGGGAUGAGGGAUUUGCCGAGAAUUUUCAAGAUUAUUCUUAGAACAUGUUGAUUUUUUCUGACAUUCUUUUUAUCUCUUCGGUGUUUGAUUUUUUUCUUCUUCCUUUUUUCCUCUCAGAUAGUUGAUACCUAGGUUAAAAAGAGCAUAUAUAUGGCCUUGGAGGUGAAGCACACGAAUAUAGCACUUGAUAAAAUAUACAAAGAACUUGUCCAGAAAUUACUUUUAAAUCUUUUAAUGACUACUGAACAGUUGAAAGACCGGUUAUGUUGUCUUGAAUCUGAUCAGGUAACCUUUGACCAUGUUAUUCUGAAGCUAAAGAACUGCGUGUCAUUACAGAAUGUAUUGAUAUUGGCCGUGAUAUCAGACCGUACAGCAUAAUGCUGAAAUUAGCAAUUUUCACUACUGUAUGGGCAAAGCUUGAUGUAAAUAGAUUAGAUAUUUUGUAAUCAAAACUAGAGGUAAAGUGUGUUGGCAUAUAUGUUUGUGCGUAUGCUUAAGUGUCUGUGAAUGUUUAUAAGAUAAGAUGUUUAUUAAGAGAAUUCAUGUGAGUGAAGAUGAUUCAACUGAUUUUGUGAAAGAUGUGUGUAAGUGUAUGUUAAUGGGAAGUGAAUGUCAAGUUUGUAAGAGAGAAAAUGUGAAAGAUUAGUUUGUAAGCUGGAAGAAUAGGGAAAUAUUAAGUUUGUGAAUUGUGAGGUUGGUGGAUAAGUUAGUUAAGAAAUAGCUAGGGGGAGGUAGGUUGUGGAAGAGGAAAAGGAAGAGAAAAGAAUUUAGAAUUAUCAGACAUAAAGAGAAA